AUGGCGAGCGAGCACCCGUACCAGGCCGUCGACGCCGUCAUCUCGCCCAACUUUUCUCUUUAUUCGUCCUCUGCCUCCCCCGUCCGCAACUCCGACCCCACCUCCGAACCUGGUUCCCACCCCGCCAUGCCUUCCCCACUGCCCACAGAGCGCGACGGUCUCCUUGGAGGCGCAGCGUCGUCCAAAAAGCCUUUUUACCGUCCCAGGCCACUGUGGUGCGUGCGUGCGCUUGUCCCGUUCGCGGUCAUUGCAUCUGUUGUUCGCGGCAUGACGCUCGCCCCCCGUGUGCAAGUGUACACGCAGCUCUCUUGCAAUGCAGUUUACGGCCACGACGGCUACAAUCACACCGUCUUGGCCACCACGCUCCCUUCUUCCCUCCCGCACGCGAGCAAUAGCUCAGACUUCGCACCCACGCUUCAUGCGUCAUUUCCCGAUGGUUCGGGGCCCGACUCCGCCCACUCGAUAAUCAUCAACUUUGAAAAUGAUGACAAUGACGAACCAGACCCUCGAAGUCCGCCCUCGGAGCGCUGCCUCAAGGAUUCGGAGGUCACCGCCCGGGCGGCCAGCCUGCAAACCCUCAUGACGGUCUCCAUGGGCGUUCUCUCAGCAUUCACCACAAGUUGGUGGGGUACUAUCAGUGACACUUAUGGUCGUACACGAGUACUGGCCAUAGCCACUCUCGGUCUAUUCAUGACCGACCUCGUGUUCAUUCUAGUCUCGACGCCGCACAGCAUCUUUGCCGCGCACGGUCACAAGUUUUUGAUCGUUUCUCCCAUCAUCGAGGGCCUGUGCGGAGGCUGGGCCACCCUCCAGGCGACCACCUCCGCGUACAUCUCAGACUGCACAUCGGACGGCUCGCGCUCGCACAUAUUCUCUCGGUUUACUGGCGUCUUCUACCUCGGGUUCGCGGUUGGUCCCAUGCUGGGCGCCUUCCUCAUCCGCCACCCCAUCUUUCCCGUUCCCUCUUCGAGCGUCGGCAUGCACAACGGAGCCCCUACGGUCACCUCCGUGUUUUACGUCGCCGCGACUGCGUCAUUAGUGAACCUCCUAUUCGCCCUGUUUUUGUUCCCGGAGUCCUUGACGAAGAAACAAGCCAAGGUCGCGGCGGCAGCAGCAGCAGCAGCUGGUGCCACUGCUGCAGGCGUUGGCACAGUUCCCUCUGGUUUAGUUUCUGAUGUAGCGACGCAGAGCUCGCUUGUGCGGUUGUUGGGUCCCCUCGCUAUCCUCCUGCCCAAGACCGUCACUGGUGCCAACGGCACGAAGUACCGAGAUUGGAACAUGACGAUGCUCGCGUUGGUGCUCCUCGCAUACAUGCUUUCCCUGGGCUUGUUCCAGAUCAAGUAUCUCUAUGCUGGUCAUAUCUAUGGUUGGGGUGCCGAGCAGCUGAGUUAUUACAUUUCUACUAUGGGCUUCUCUCGCGCGUUGCAUCUGCUCUUCAUGCUUCCCUUCCUCAUCGCGAUCUUUAAGCGCAAGCCUAAGCCUGGCCCCGUACAUGGCCCUUCCGCAAAUGAGGCCUCGGCCAUCUCCAAGGAGAUGCACUUUGACAUGGCGCUCAUCCGUGGCUCUCUCUUCAUUGACUUCUGCUCGCACACUCUCGUCGUUCUCGCUUCGCCUUUCGCGGGCCCGUACGACGGCCAGGCGAUCUUUGUCGGUGCUACUGCAAUGAGCUCGAUCGGCGCCGGGCUUGUUCCCGCCGUAAAUAGCCUUGCGCUCUGUGUCAUGAAGGCGCGCGGUGAGACAGACACCGGCAAGACCUUCGGUGCCUUCUCCGUCCUGCAGGCCGUCGGCCAGAUGAUCCUCGGGCCCAUCAUCUUUGCCCUCGUCUACAGCAAUACCGUCGCCAACUUCCCGAAGACGAUCUUCUUCAUGGCCGCCGGCCUCGUCUUCUCCGCGCUCGUCUUCACUUUCCUCCUCCGCCCCGACGCCGGCCUGCGCCCACGCACGACGUCUCACCGGUCCGCGCAAGCUGCGCUCAGCGCGCUCGAGGCGCGCGUCCGCACCGAGCGACACCGCGGCCGCUCCACGCGAAGCAAGGACAUCCGCCAGCCGUCGUUCGGCAGCUCCGCGUCUAGCCUCGCGAUCUCUGGCGGCCCUGGCUCGUACGGCGCGACAGGCUCGAGCGCGAGCGCGAGCACUGGUUCUGGCUUCGCCGCGGGCUCAGCGCCCCGCUCUGGCCCCAGCUCGGCUCAGUGA